AAAAUUAUUUCUACAGAUUGCUCAGAACUGCUCAAAUCAGGCUAUACACAGAGUGGAGAGUACCUUGUCGACCCAAACGGUAAAGGACAAUUUAAGGUCUAUUGUGACAUGCGCACUGACGGUGGAGGUUGGACUGUGUUUCACAGAAGACAGGAUGGCUGGGUAGACUUCUAUCGUGGAUGGAAUGAUUACAAAGCAGGCUUUGGCCAGGUGUCUGGCGAGUUUUGGCUUGGGAAUGACAAGAUUCACAGGCUGACAGCCUCUAGACCCAGUACCUUAAGAAUGGAGUUAGAGGACUGGAACGGAGUUAGUUAUGCCAGAUACGGCAGGUUCAGUAUUGGUGACGACCAAGCGCAGUAUCGACUUGCAGUGGGUUCAUAUUCAGGAACAGCAAAAGAUUCGUUUGGAUAUCAUAACAACAUGCCUUUUACUACAAAAGACAGAGAUAAUGACAGAGAUAACUCUCAGAAUUGUGCAGUUAAAUGUACUGGCGCCUGGUGGUACCAAGAUUGCCAGUACUCUAAUCUAAAUGGACAAUACUUGGGAGAAAAACAAAAUUGGCAAGGUGUCAUAUGGUAUCACUUUGGAAGGGAUCUUUCACUUAAAUUCGCUGAGAUGAAGAUGCGGCCGCUAUCAUAGAAAUAAUUAUUGUCAGAAGGGCGAUCGUUGCUAACGUUGAUGUUUACAUGUCACCAAACAAAAGGUUUAAUGAGCAAAACAAUAGCUGUGCAAGUGCGUUAUAAUUUUUUUUUUAAAUUUUAAAGCUUUGCCCAUUGAAGGAUUCCUUGUUUGCUUGCCUCUGUAAGGAUUCCCUGUUUUCAAGAUCCUUUCGGAAGCUCUCGAAAACGACAACCUCGGAUGUUUGAAGAAAGUUAUUUUAACUAAGGAGAGGUAACAGUUGUUUUCCUAAAGAGAUUCCAACAUUCUAUCACAUCACAUCUUUUUGGGAGUAGUGGAUAGUUUUAAUGCAGUGCUGCAUGAUUGUGACAGUGUGUCACGGACAGCUGCACAAGAGUAAACAAACAAAUAAACAUUGAAAAGCUAGAAAGUGAUCGGGGCAUACAGGCGCGUAUACAGGCAGGGGUAUACAGGCGCGUUUUUAAAUUGUCUAAUUUUACUGUGGAUUUAAACGGUAUUUCUUGACAGAAGCCUCUGACUGACAGGGAGCUGGUAGCAUAAAGAGAGCUGAGUU